AUGCCAAAACGGCACCCUUUCUCCUGGAAUCUUCACGCUCUUACGCAGUGUCUACUUGUUCUAUCUAUUACAGUGUUUUCGAGUAAAACUUCUAUAUGGACCCGCUGGUCAAUCUUCCUCCCUAUCGCCGUCACUUCCUGCUAUCUUGUGUGCUACACAACAACGGGCGAUGUGACCGUUGACCAAGGCCUUGGAACUGCCAUCUUGAUCCAGCUCAUGAUAGCCGUGGAUUACAUCCUCAUCACCGACGUCCAGAGGGACAUCUACCCGAAGGAUCAGCCCCCAAGAAAGAAGGGCGCAGAUGCGGACAUACCAUUGAUGAAGCGUUUCCGUCGUGCCAUUAGCCUCUACACCACUCCACGCGGAAUAGGGUGGUCAUUUGAACCGCGGACUCUGCCGAAACCGUCAACCAAACCACGCUUCGUAUUCGUCUCGUCAAGGAUCACCCGUGCCCUCGCCAGCGCGCUGACGGGCACUUUCGCAUCUGUGAUGAUCAACUCUAACCCAGCGUUGUCGGGUAUCACCUUAUCCGUGAGGGACAUGGGUUGGUUUUAUCGUACUACAGGCAUUUUUGCGUUCGCCCUCAACGCCAUUGCACAAAUUAACACGAUACAUUGUGUUUUGGCUGCUUUUUGUGUAGGUGUUGGGAUUUCUGGCCCAGAAGAGUGGCCGGAUCUGUUUGGAAGUCCGUUUGACGCUUACAGCGUGCAAAGGUUCUGGGGGCGGACAUGGCACCAGGUGUUGCGUCGACCACUAAAAUCAUGCACCAUCUUUGUGGUCACAAAAAUCCUCCACCGUCCAAGAGACAAGCAGUACACCCCCCUUGUCUUCCUCAACACCGUGUUUUUGAUCUCAGGUCUCGUUCACGUUGGGGGCGAAUACAUGAUGCUCGGCAGAUUGGGUUUGGGAGCAUUCCGAUUUUUCCUCGUUCAAGGCCUUGCUGUCUCUGUUGAGACGAUCGUUUCCAAUGUGUUCAGCCUUUCUGGAUCGCGCUUGGCAAGCCCUCGAAAGGCAGCACUUUCGACACCAAAAUUGUGGAUGCGAAUCGUUGGGUACGUUUGGGUGCUCUUGUGGUUUUGGUGGUCCCUGCCCUUCAUGGUGGAUCCGGGUAUUCUGGCGGGUGCUUAUGGACCACAUAGAGGAUUGACGUUUGAGAGGUUGUCAAAACUGGCGGUUAACGUUUAUCAUCGGUUGACCACGUAUGUUUGGACGUCGACUUUGUAG